UUGAGGUCAAUUUUUAUUUGCACGUUCAUUAUGUGUAACCUAAUAUUUGUGCGAUUUACGAAAAAGACCAUUAAUUCAAGAAUUAAAUCGCCCAUUCAUUUAAUUAACAUUUGCUUACUAUUAAGAGGGAGAUACUCGUAAUUGGAUUUUUAUUAAUAGCAAAUUAAAACACCAAACUUUCGAGUGCUUCUGUGGUGCAAUCGUAUAAGUAGGUAUACCAAAGUUACCUUUUAAGUCCUGGUUUCGAUGUCCAUUUCAUUACACGAUUCAGUUAGCAAAAUGUUUCGAUUAAGUUUCCAUCUUGCCCCCAAAAGGAACUGCCAUAUUCAGAUUUAGUUUAUUUACGGUACGCACAUAGGCGUGUAUAGGUGUGGGGGGACUAAGAGGUGGAGGCGACAAAGUUUGUUUAAGCGGAUGUCAAGGAUACUCGUGACGUUUUUUUAUGGGUUUCACCGUCUUCACCACGUUGCUUGUAAAAACUCAGUUUGGAUCAUUCUUUACUCUGUGUCUGCAGCAAUAAAAAUAUUGGUCCUAUUGGUCCUUCCAAAGAGGAUACAAUUUAUAAAAUCUUUCACUUAUAAACGUCAAGAGUUAAUUCCUUUUCUCUAUGGAUUUUAUUAUUGACUGUCAAAAUCGAAGCACAAAUAUUGUCCCUAUUUGUGUUUACUUUUAAAAAUAAAUUUGUGUGUAAUAAAUUUAUUCGGAACUAAUAAUUAAUAAGCAAUAAAUCAAUAAUGGCACGGAUAGCAAGGAUAGCUUUAGAUUUAACAUUAGAAACAAGCAAAAUUUUGAAGCCAGCUGUAGGUACAGCAUGGCAAUAUGCGAAAUCCGAAAUUGUUCCACCGAUGACUAUAAACUUUUGGUAUGGACCUAUGGGCAAAAAGAUUGAAGAUACAAUUUCUAAUGCAAGUAAUACGUUUAUUGCUCAAAUACAAAGUCAAAUAAAAGCAAUAGAUGAGGCAGAAGCAAGACAAAUAAAACUAAAAGAAGCCGAAGCUAAAGCAGCAGCAGAAAAAAUUUCCGCUGAAGCAAAGAAAAAAGCUGAGGAAGCUAAAAAGCAAAAAGAAAAUAAACGAUUAGCCGCAGAAGCUAAAGCUAGAGAAGAAGCUAAAAAGCAGAAAGAAAACAAACGAUUAGCCGCAGAAGCUAAAGCUAAAGAGGAAGCUAAAUCAAAGAAAAAAGAUAAAAAUAAUGGAAAAUCCCCACCAAAGACCGCCGCAGCACCUAAAGCUAAACAGGAAGCUAAACCACAGAAAAAAGAUACAAGUAGUAAAAAACCCCCAGCUAAGACCGCCUAAAAAGUUAAAACUCCGCCAAAAGCUACAGUCAAAGCUGAAACUAAGCCACCAGUAAAAAAAGAUGGCCCUAAAAAUAAGAAUCCCAAAAAAAAAUAGAUAUGUUAUUAGAAA